AGCAUGAUGUGAUAUGAACAACAAUAAAUGUAAAGACUAAAGAAAGAUGGCAGCAGACUUAUCAGAACAUAAUAUGGCGCGUCUGCUGGCGCGACGUGCAAAAGAGCCAAUCCCUGACCACUACUCACAUACUGAAACACCUGAUAGUUUGGACCUAUCAUUUAACACCGGGUUAGAAGAAGACGAGGAAACAAAGCAGAAGAUAGCUUAUCUGAAGUAUGAAGCUGAAACUGUUGGAGAUAAGAACAUGGAGCUGGAGUCUGAGAAUCAGAGAUUGAGAUUGUUGUUGCGGACUAGGGAAAAUGAUGUUUUUAAGUUGAAGAAUGAGUACGAUGAACUUAAACAAGCUACUACAGGCGGUGGGCUGGGCAGUGAUAAAGCUAUACAAAGAAUAGUGGAACUAUCAAAGAAGAACCGAGACCUACAGUGUAAACUUGGUAGUGAGACUGCAGCUAAAAACAAGCUCUCAGAGAGAUUAAACAACUUCAACAACCAGUCGGUCCAGAGAAAGUUGAAAAGUGCAGUCAAAGCAAGGAAAGAAGAAUCGUCUGACGGUAGCCCAGCGAAAGAUAACGAGAAACUGCUGCGAGAAAGAGUAACAGUGUUAUCAAAUAAACUUACAGAGGUGUCACAUCACGUCGAAACCUCAAAAACUGAGAACAAGCUGCUUUUAAAACUUCUACAAAAAGAAGUUGGCGAAGGCACAACAGUUCAGUCUAUCCUUGCUAAUCCUAACUCUUGGAGAGGACGCUCCGAACAGAUUGCAGUUCUUCAGAACAAAUUGUCAAAUUUGAAAGCCGACGAGACGCCUCCGUCUAGAAUGGAGCAGAAAAGGCAGAGAGAUAUCAAAAAUUUAGAAAAGAAUAGGAAAAAGCAGCUUCAGGACUGUCAGAAAGAGGUAGAAACUGUCACACAAGAUUUAGUACAAAGCAAGAGGAACUACGACGCUGUAAAAGCGAGAAAUACUACUCUCAGUUCCGAGAUGAAAACUUUGAGGGCCCAGGUUGCUGCCUUGGUCGAAAAGGGUAGAAAUGACGACAAUCUUAUCACCCAACUUCUCGAGGAGAAGGAGCAAGCUGGAGGGGAUUGGGGAAUGAGCGGUGAUUCGGACGAGCAAGCUAAACAGAUAAGAGAAUUGUCAGAUCAGGUCGAGAUGUUACAUUUGAAUGUGGGUCAGAAAGACCGACGUGUUGCGCAGUUAGAAGAGGAAAUCACGAGAUCCCGAGAAAUAUCGAUGAACAUCAGACCGUUGGAAGUGCAAGCGCCGAGGUCCGCUCCAGAAGUGAGUUCCUCUAAACCCCAAGAAGCUGGAUUUGACACCACUUACCUUCUCCGAGCUACUGAAGUGGAGAAGGAUCGACUGUUCGAGCUGACUGAUGUCCUUAACCAGAGGAUGUCUCGGUUGGAAGAGGAUAAGAUGUCUCAUCAGACACAGAGCAAGAAGUUCGCCAGACAAGUGGUCGAUUUGGAGAAACUUGUUGGAAAUCUCAAGAGUAAGAAAGUACCCCGGUGUGAUGGAUGUAACCAGAACGCCACACUGCUUCACCCGCCCCCUAAUUCACAGUUGGCUAUUCUUGAGGAUGAAGUUAUGGUUUUGAAAUCUCACGUGGAAGCAAUAGCAGCGGAAAGACAGCAAGAUCUGGUGAAAUACAAACAGCUCCUAGACCAAUCCAGGCAAAUUUUCGUUGCUGGACUAAAAGAAAUGCAGAGAUCAUCACAGUAGUUUUUUUUCGUUGAAUCGAGACUAGAAUCUAUGUUAAAAUAACGCUGCCAAAAAUGGAGGAAAAACUGCCAAAUUUUAUUUUUACAUAUGUAUACAGAAUCAGAAUGUACAGAAUAUUUGUAUUGAAACAGAAGUAAUUUAUGAAAGUCCAAUAUAUAUGAUGUACAGAAUUAUUUCAAAUAAGAAUUUUAGAUAUUUGUAUUCAAAGAGAAAUUAACUUUACUUCUAAUAUUCCAAUUAAUAUUCCAUGAAUUUUCA